UGCUGGUUAAAAGGCUGCAUGGUGUGGUAGUGCCUGCUGGGUGCCCGGCGGCCUCCGGGGAGCCAGAGUCGGAAGGCGACCACCUGGAGCGGCAGAACUGGUGGGGGAAGGGCCGCGCCUGACAACCGAGAGACUCAGAUGGCGACUCUCAAAAGGAAAUAGGAUCAUGGCAGCAGAUGAUGACAAUGGUGAUGGAACAAGUUUAUUUGAUGUCUUUUCUGCUUCUCCUCUUAAUAAUGAUGAAGGCUCUUUGGACAUAUAUGCUGGAUUGGACAGUGCUGCUUCUGACUUUGCUUCCAAAUCCUGUGUUCCAUCUAGAAAUUGUUUGGAUUUAUAUGAAGAGAUCCUGACUGAAGAAGGAACUGCAAAGGAGGCAACAUAUAAUGAUUUGCAGGUAGAAUAUGAAAAAUGUCAGCUACAAAUGAAAGAACUGACGAGAAAGUAUAAGGAAAUACAGACACAGAAUUUCAGCUUAAAAAGUGAAAAUCAGUCUCUUAAGAAGAAUAUUUCAGCACUUAUCAAAACUGCCAGAGUGGAAAUAAACCGCAAGGAUGAAGAAAUCAAUAAUCUUCACCAGAGAUUGUCUGAAUUUCCACAUUUUCGGAAUAAUCAUAAAACUGCAAGGGCAUCAGAUACAGUUAAAACAAAAGAUCUUAAAUCCAGAUCUCCUCAUUUGGAUGACUGUUCAAAGACUGAUCCCAGAGUGAAAAGUGAUGUUUCUAGAGAUUUACAUCAUAGUGCCUCACUGCCAAACCUGGGAAAAGAAGGAAAAUCACAUUCUGAAAAAAGGAGCACUUCAGUUUUGCCACCAUCUAUCGAAAAACGUUGUGCCAAUGGCAUUUGGUCACGUUCGCAUUAUCACGUUGGUGAGGGUAACUCAGGUGAGGAUAAUAGAAGAGAGAAAAAAGAUAUAAGACAUAGUCAAUAUAGUGGAGGAACUGAUAGAAUACGAAAAGACUUUAGUACGAGCUGUGGUAGUGGUGAACUGAGGAACACAGAGACUGACCAAAGGCUACAAGGACGCUCUGAAAAAUAUGGUAAAGGUGAACCAAAGGCUGAAAGCAAAAAUUCAAAGUUUAAAAGUAACACAAAUUCGGAUUAUCAAAGUGAACACAUUAGCUCUUCUCGUGAGAAAGAGAUAUCUCGAGAAAGGUCACACAUUCGAGUAGAAUCUCAAAAUGACAAAAGACUAGAAAGACAAAGUGAAAGAUCACAAAAUAUAAAUAAAAAAGACCUUAAAUCACAGGACAAAGAAGAAAGAAAAGUUGAUCAAAAAACUAAAUCAGUAGUAAAGGACCAGGAUCAUCGGAGAAGAUCUGAACAAACAUUGCUUCCUCAUUCCAGGAAUGAGAUAACAAAAUCUCAUAAUUCCAGUAAAUACCAUCUGGAAGAGAGAAGAGGAAGGGAAGAGUGUAAACGAGACAGGAGUAUAAACAAUCAUAGUUUUCAAGAUGGAAGAUGUACAUCUUUUCUUUCAAGCAGUAGAGCUUACAAACACAUUGACUCCAAGGAAGUUGAUGGUGUACAGCAAUGGGAAAAUGUACCUUUAAGAGCACAAAGGCACAGGACUGAAGAUAAGAGGAAAAGAGAACAAGAAAGCAAAGAAGAAAGCAGACAUGUGAGAAAUGAAAAAAAAACAACACCUACAGAACAUUUGCAGAAGACUAACAAAGAAACUAAGAAAACCACUACUGAUUUAAAGAGACAGAAUGAGCCAAAAAAUGAUAAAAGUGAAAUUUCUAAAAAUGAAACUUCUGAAAGAGUGAAUGACAGAGAACUUGCAUUUAAAGCUGAGAGUGGUCCAAAUGAAAGAAAAGGCAAAGACUUUAAGUUGAGUUUUAUGGAGAAAUUGAACUUAACUCUUUCUCCUGCUAAAAAGCAGCCUGUUUCUCAGGAUAAUCAGCAUAAAAUAACUGAUACUGCCGAAUCCAGUGGCGUUUGUGAUUUGCAGUCCUUGGUGCAGGCGAAAACAAUGACAUGUGUUCCAUCUGUUAGUGAACAUAUCACAGAGGAAACCAAAUCGAAGUUACUAGAACCAAAGGAUGCUCUUCCAGCAGCAUCUGAACUCAGGAUCAAUAUUCCAGAAAGCAAAAUGGAAAAAAAAAAAAGUGUGUUAGUUAAAUCUGUUGAGAAUUCUGUGCCUUGUGGCAUGGCCCUCUGUGGUACAGAGACUUUCUUUUCAGCAUCUGUGAAACUGGACCAAACAGAAUCCUUGUUUCCAUCAACAGAAAUGGAAAAAACCAUUGACAGUGCAAAGACUACUCCCGUGGUAAUGGAUGUAUUACAAACAGAUAUUUCUCAAAACUUUGGCUUGGAAGUGGAUACCAAAAGAAACGAUGGUUUAAAUUCUUGUGGUAUUUCUGAAAGUAUGGAAACGAAGGUGGAUUUUUCAACAAAAGUGGCUGAAUCCAGUGAGAGCAUUUUGCAGCCAUCAAUUGAAGAAGCUGGCAUUUUGCCAGUAAGCCUUUCAGAAGACGGUAACCCAAAAUUUGAGCCUUCUUUUGUGGGUACACCACUUGUUGAGAGUAAGUCUUGUCAUAUGGAGCCUUGCUUACCUAAAGAAACUAUAGAAUCUUCAUUGCAGAAGACAGAGUUAAUGGACCACAGAAUGGAAGUUGAUGAAACAAACUCGGUAUAUCAUGAUGAUGAGAACUCGGUUCUGAGCAUUGACCUUAAUCACCUGAGACCUAUUCCAGAAGCCAUCAGUCCUCUGAAUAGUCCAGUGAGACCUGUGGCAAAAGUUCUUAGAGUGGAAAGCCCAUCUCGAGUUCCAUUAUAUAAUAACAGCCAUAAAGAUGUUUUUCCACUAAAUUCAGCUGAUUCUACCUCCAAGAGUCAGUCUGAUGAUCUCAAUAAGGAAAAUCAAAAGCCAGUUUGCAAAUCUGACAAAUGUACAGAAGUAGACUCCUGUAAGAAUUCAUCUACAGAUGACUUAGAAGAAGGAGAAAUUAUAAGUGACAAUGAAACAUCAAAAUCACAAAAAAAUUUUGAAAAAAGUUCCAAACCUAGAGCUUCUGCUCAAGUGCGGAACACAAAGACUAACCCAGGAAGAAGAAAAAGUACUGUGCAUUUGGGUGAAGAUAAUAGGAAAACAUCUUCUGUAAAAAUCCAUCAGACCAAUAACAAAUGUAGUAAGACACCUAAUGACUCUCAUCGAUAUUCAAAAACAGGGAAGAAAGAGAAAACAAUGAGCACUUCCAGCCUGGAAAAAAUAGUUCAAAUUAUUGCUGCACCGUCUUCUCUACGAGAGGUUAUGCACAUGUUGCGAAUGAUAAGAAAACAUAUAAGGAAAAAUUAUAUGAAAUUCAAGGUAAAGUUUUCAUUAAUACAGUUUCAUAGAAUUAUUGAGUCAGCAAUUUUGAGUUUUACAUCACUAAUUAGACACCUUGAUUUAUCCAAAAUCUCUAAGUCAGUGGCCACUUUACAGAAGAAUCUCUGUGAUAUUAUAGAAUCUAAACUUAAGCAAGUUAAAAAGAAUGGCAUAGUUGAUCGUUUAUUUGAACAGCAACUACCAGAUAUGAAAAAAAAACUGUGGAAAUUUGUAGAUGAACAACUUGAUUAUUUGUUUGCAAAGCUUAAAAAAAUGUUAGUAAAGUUUUGUGAUUCCAUAAACUUUGGAAGUGAUAGUGAUGAAGGAAAACUUGAAAAAACAAACAAACAAAAAGUGCAGCGUUCAAAUUGUCAGAAGGGGAAUAUGGAGAACUCCAACAAAGAAAUACUGAAAGUAAAACCCCCCAAAUCAGAAGACUCUGUUGAUUUGAAGUCUUUACUGGGAUGUAAAAAAUCUGAGGAAAAACAUCAAGACCAAAACAACUUCGAUAUGAACACAGUAAAGCAUGGCAUUAAAAGAAGUUUUAACACUUGCUUUGAUAAUAUAAAGAACUCUGAAUCGCAGGAGCCCUCCUUGGAACUAAACUGUCUGAGCACCCCAAAGCCAGGAAGAACGGAAGGCAGCACUGUAGAAGAUGCACAGGCAUCCCAGCAUGCAGCUUUGAAGCCAGAACGUAGUUUUGAAAUUCUUACUGAACAACAAGCAUCUAGCCUUACUUUUAAUUUAGUGAGUGAUGCACAGAUGGGUGAAAUAUUUAAAAGUUUGUUGCAAGGUUCUGAUCUUUUGGACAGCAGUGUUAACGGUAAUGAAAAAAGUGAGUGGGAGUUAAAAACCCCAGAGAAACAACUGUUAGAGAGUCUUAAGUGUGAAUCUAUACCAGCAUGUACAACGGAAGAGCUCGUUUCAGGGGUAGUUCCUCCAAGUCCUAAAAUGAUUAGUGAUGACAAUUGGUCAUUAUUAUCAUCUGAAAAAGGACCAUCUCUAUCUUCAGGGCUUUCAUUGCCAGUUCAUCCUGAUGUGUUGGAUGAAAGUUGUAUGUUUGAAGUGUCCACUAACAUAGCUUUAAGUAAAGAUAACAUAUGUAGUUCAGAAAAGAGCAAGCCCUGCAUUUCUUCUGUACUUCUUGAAGAUCUGGCAGUCUCUUUAACAGUACCAUCACCUCUGAAGUCAGAUGGUCAUCUUAGUUUCUUAAAGCCUGAGGUUUCGUCUGUUUCAACUCCGGAAGAAGUUAUUAGUGCCCAUUUUAGUGAAGAUGCCUUACUUGAGGAAGAGGAUGCAUCUGAGCAAGAUAUUCAUUUAGCUCUGGAGUCUGAUAAUUCAAGCAGUAAAUCAAGUUGUUCUUCAUCAUGGACAAGCCGGUCUGUUGCUCCAGGCUUUCAGUACCACCCUAAUCUGCCCAUGCAUGCUGUCAUAAUGGAAAAGUCCAACGAUCAUUUCAUUGUGAAAAUACGGCGUGCAGCACCAUCUGCCUCCCCUAGUCUUAAACAGAGUAUCAUGGCUGAUGAAUCAUUGGCAUCUUUGCCUAGAGUGGGAAAGGAAGCUGAUGAAGCAACAGAGAAAGAAUGUACUUCUUGUCAUAACUCAGUUUUUAAAUCUGUGGAUGAAUUGGAAAAAUCCAGCAAAAAUGUUGAUGGCAGUAGAUUGGCUAAUGAAGACCAGAACUCUGUGAUACAAACACAGGUUCCUGAUAUAUAUGAAUUUCUUAAGGAUGCUUCAGGUAAAGUGGGUGAUAGUCAUGAAGUGGCUGAUGAAUGUUUCAAAUUGCAUCAAGUGUGGGAGCCAAAAGUGCCAGAAAGCGUUGAGGAAUUGCCCCCAAUGGAAGAAAUGCCACAGUCUGUUGAGGAUCAUCUUCCAAACGCAUACAUAGACCUAACAAAAGAUCCGGUCACUGAGACCAAAAACUUGGGAGAAUUCUUGGAAGUGACAGUUCUAAAUAUUGAUCAGUUGGGAUGUUCUGGAGGCAACUUAAAUCAGAAUGCUCAAAUAUUAGACAGUUCUUUACAGCUGGAUACUGUAGGUGCUUUUAUUGAUUUGACACAAGAUGCUUCAAGCGAGAGUAAAAAUGAAGCUAACCAUUCUGCUGUAGCUGAUGGAGGUUUAGGGUGUCAGGUGAUAUGUAUAGAGGAAGAGAACUGUAAGGAAGAAAAGGUGCCUGUGGCAGAUAGGCCCUUGGAAUGCAUUGUUGAGGAAGCUUGUAUUGAUUUGACCACAGAAUCUCCCAGUCCAUGUGAGGUAAAAAGGGAUGAUUUAAAAUCAGCACAGAAAUCAAAUUCUGUUAGUUCAGAGUUGCCUGGGGCUUUGGAUAAUGCCCACAAAAAAAGAAAAAACCUUUCUGAUCUAAGUCAUUCUUCUCAGAAAAAACAAAGAAAGGAAAUAGACUUAACCAGUAGAAAAAAGGCCAAGAAAAUCACUCAGGAUUCUGGAGAGAAUGAUGAAGCUCGCCAAAGGAAAGCCAAUAAGAAAAGGUUCCCUGCAGUAAAUAAAGAUCCCUCAGCAUUAAAAGCAAGCCCAGGGAUGCAGGAUUCAUCAGCAGCACCUGCCACUUCUCCCACGAGCCUUUCUGCAAAGAAUGUUAUUAAAAAGAAAGGAGAAAUUAUAGUUUCAUGGACAAGAAAUGAUGACCGAGAAAUUUUAUUGGAAUGUCAGAAAAGAGGUCCAUCAGUGAAAACAUUUACUAGUUUAGCUGCCAAGUUGAAUAAAAAUCCAAAUCAGGUCUCAGAAAGAUUCCAGCAGCUAAUGAAGCUUUUUGAAAAAUUAAAAUGCAGAUAAGUUGCUGAAUUCCUUGGAGUUUUAAUUGAUAUUGCAUACUACACAGAAGCUUGGAAUUCCUCAUGUUUUAAAUGGGGAACUAGAGAGUUUUUUUUUGGGGGGGGGAUUACUAGAUGAUCUACAUUUGUUAUUACUUGCUGACUCUUUCAUCUCAAAUCAGCAUGUUCAUCUUGUUCCAGUCAUUGAUUGAUUUGCUUACCUGUUAUUGGUCGAGAUAUUUAUUUUCAAUAUGUUAGAACUUGGUAUCAAAAUGAAAGUAACAGUGGUAUAGUAUUGACAGUGUAGUUUUGGUAUUUCAAAGAAAUGACUUUCUUUUCUAGAUUUUUAAAAGUAGUUUUGCAGUAUUUUAAACCUAACAAUUGUUUGGUUCAAGUUUUCAUCCACUUUCAUUUGCUUUUCUAAUUUCCUCUCCUCAUUUUCGUACAUUGUAAAAUAAUUUAAAUAGUGUAUUUGUAAAUAUGUAUAGUUAUAAUGAUGUAAGAUAGUUAUCUGUGUGUGUACACACAUAAAUUGCUUUGUGUAGCCAAGGAUUUUUUUUAUCUGUAUAAAACUUUUUGUAUGAAGUUUGUUUUCUAUAACAGUAAUGUAUAUUAAUAAAACCAUGUAAAGUUCUGUUAUAUUUUGGUUAGAAUGUUUCUUUUAGUAUGUUUGGAUUAUAAUUAAUUGGACUUGGAUAUCACUUAUGCACUUUGCAUAACAUAGAUUUGAGUUCAUUUUCCAAACUCAUUUAACAGCUAAAAUGACCAUUUAGUAUUGGCUACUGUUACUCUCCCAAGAGCAGCUUUGGAGAAACUAACUAAACAAAAUAAAAAAAGGUAAAACCCACAGGGGAGAUAUGGGGGAUGUUUUGAAGUGGUUUGUGGUGAGGGUAUAGGUGGCUGACUGACUGUAAGUGGAUUCAGUAGAGAAGAUUGAUUGCCUGUUCUCUCGAAGCAGGUACGGGCACAGUGAACCAGACCUCUGUUGCAGGUGUCCUCACAGAUAAAAUCAGGGCAGCACAAAAGCCUUUUUGAAUGAAGGUUUGGGGAAAACAGGUAGGCGUUGACUAGCUUGAGCAUUACUUCUCCAGACUCAGGACUGGUAGGUUAUAAGCUAGGCCCUAGACUCUAGGGAGUGCUUUCUCCCAUUGCCAUUUCUCCCAUGCUGUCAGAAGGGGAAGCCUUGAUCUGAAGGAUUGCUUGGUAGAUAAUAAACUAGAAUGAUUAACUGUGUUUUUUUAGUACUGGGGUGCUUCACCCUAGAGCUUGUCUCCUUCUCUCUUUUUGAAAUUCCCAGUGCAGAGUAAAGGGUGAGCUCUUGACCCUUCCCCAUUGUAUACUAUCAGAAGAGCCCAUGCCACCAGGUAAAUGAGUUCACAGGCCACAGGAAAGUGAUAACCAAGAGAUACUACUGGUUCAAAAGAACAACAACAAACUGGAUUACAUAAACCAUCAGAAUUUAAAAUAAAAUACUAAUAAACACUAAGAGAAAAAGGAAGAUUUUAGCAACGUGAUACAAGAAUAAGAACAAGUAUAAAUAUUAAAAAAGUAUAAUAUUUAAAAUGAACAUAACAAUGGAGUAAAAGUAGAAUGGGUACAACUGAACAAUAAACUGGAGUUGGAAAAUCAGAUUGAGAAACUCAGAGGGAAGCAAAAAAAAGAUAAAUAGAAAUACAAAAGGAAAUUUAAGAUGGAGAAUAGAGGUAGAUAUGCCAACAUUUGGGUCAAAAAAAAAAAAGCCUAGAAGGAGAAAAAGUUAAAAUGAAGACUGAAAGGGCCAUAGAGUGCAACUAUGAGAGAAGGAAAUACCCACAUCUAGAUACAAACUGAUAUUUAAGAUUAUCAAAGGAAAAGAAAAAUCUGAAAGCUUUCAGACCAAGAGUUUAAAUUGUCAUUCACAUGUGAGGGCUUAAUAAAAAUAUUAAGGUUGACUACUCAAAGAUGCACAUUGAAAACAUUUUUGGAGAAAGUACUCAAAAAAUGAGAUACUACAAGAGUUGGGGGUACAAGUGAUGAUACCUUUGGUAAAGUAUGUUUAGCGAGAGAAAAGAAAAAAGGAAGUAUAUUUCUAAUGAGCCACGGUGUAACUCUCAGUAAUUAAUUGACAUUACCCAGUGGCAAGAUCACAGCUUCUUUUUACUUAUAUAGCAGUUAGGACACAAAUGAAUGGGUGAGGUUUAUUGUGGGGUCUGCCUCUCUCAGACUGCUGUGCUAGGUGACCUGUCACAGGAAAUCUCUUCUGCACUCAUAAGGCUCCAAGUUUAUGUUGCAGGCGAAAGGCUGCAAGGCAUUGCGGUCUAGGGUUUUAUACCUCAUGCAUGGGAACAUGGACAAGGGGUAAGAGGAAGGGGCCUUUGUUCACUUGCACCUGGCCUGUUCAUCCUGUUGCCAAGCUUUGUUCAAAUUCAAACAGCAUGACAGUCCUGUGACCAUGGCUGCAUGACCAGAAAGAACAUUUCUUCACCCACUAGCUAUAAGAUUAGUUACUUUUCAUAGAAUUAAGUAGUCAUAGAGACAGAGAAAGUUACUGUGGGUUCAGAACAGGGAGAAGGCUUUCUCUGAGAAGCAGAAGGGACUGGGAGAGGGAGAGAGAGACCCAAUUCCCAGCCUGCCUAUCAGAGAAUGCGCUGAGCCCAACGCCUCAGCUUAGGUAGCCUGGGUGGGAAUUGUAAAGGCAGACCACCCUCUUACCAAUAUCCAUCAUGAGUGAGAAUAAUUUUAUUUGUUUAUUGUUCUAAUUUA